UCGAAAGCGCGCGAGUAAUGGAAGCUGGAACCAAAACACUCUUUCAUCUUUUCCUUUUACCUCUCCUGAGCUUCCAUGGAAGCAAAUCGGAAUCUUGAAUGAUGCUAAAAGGGAAGCUUAAGAUCCCGGAGAAACACAGGCGAGCCUUUCCUGAUAGGCUCGGCAGCUUGGUGGCCGGAUUCGAAGACAAGGAAGCCGAGGGUGGAAUCUUCGACUUAGGGUUCGAGUCAGGUGAAGAGCUCGAGACGUUUCAGUCCAACGGAUUUGGAUCAGAAAACGAAAAUGGUGAUGACGACAAGACUGACGCAGAAUUGGAUGUCCCCGUCCGACGGAGAAGCAGUAGAGAGAUUUUAACGCCGGUUUCUGCUUCUGCGAUCCUGGCUGCUGAUGAGAAGAGAUCGGAAUUGGAGUUUGAGCUUUCUCAGAAGGAUAUAAACAUAGAAAAAUUGCAGAGAAUUGCUAGUUCCAGUCUUCCUGAUGGAGGAGGCUUACGUGCUACAACUUGGAAGUUGCUCUUAGGUUAUUUGCCUGCUUCUCGGGAUAUAUGGGAAGGAGCAUUGACUGAAAGUCGCUUAAAAUAUGCUGCUCUAAAAGAGGAGCUGCUCUUGAGUCCUUCAGAAUUUACAAGAAGAAAGGAAGAAACUAUCGCUUCUCAUGAGCAGGAUAGAGGCUGUGAUGUAGAUGGACCACUAAGGAGGCAUGAGAUUUCUCAUGAAGAUCAUCCUCUGAGCCUUGGAAAGACUAGUUUUUGGCACAAAUAUUUCCAGGAUGCAGAGAUUGCAGACCAGAUUGACCGUGAUUUGCAACGAACUCACCCAGAUAUGAAAUUUUUCUCAGGGGAUUCAUCAUUUAGCAGAAAGAACCGGGAAGCUAUGAGAAACAUUCUUCUGUUAUUUGCAAAACUAAACCCUGCAAUUCGUUAUGUGCAAGGAAUGAACGAGGUCUUGGCACCACUGUACUACAUAUUUAGUACUGAUCCAGAUGAGCAAAAUGCUGCAAACGCAGAAGCAGAUAGUUUUGCCUGUUUUGUUCGACUCUUGAGCGACUCUGUAGAUCAUUUCUGCCAGCAAUUGGAUAAUAGUGCAGUAGGAAUCCAUUCCACCCUUUCCCGUUUGUCAGAGAUACUGAAAGCAAAUGAUGAGGAGCUGUGGCGACAUCUUGAGAUUUCCAACAAGGUUAAUCCACAGUUCUAUGGAUUCAGAUGGAUUACUUUACUGCUAACACAGGAAUUUAGUUUCAAUUCUAUCAUGAGAAUAUGGGAUUCUAUUUUAAGUAAUCCAUUCGGUAUUCAGGAUAUGCUGCUUCGGAUAUGUUGUGCAAUGUUGUUGUGCGUGAGAAGCAGGCUACUUAGUGGUGAUUUUAUAGCCAACUUGAAACUUCUCCAGCACUAUCCUGAAAUCAAUAUAGAGCACCUCCUCCGAGUUGCUCAGGAGCUUAGUCCAGACACGUCUUCCUUCCGUUUGUCACCAUAAACUCAUUGCACAUAUGUAUCUAGUAGAGAUAUUGGUCAUACAUCAAGAAAAAAGCAUAAAAGAGAGUUCCCUGUGUUGCUUGAUAUUGUUGUGAAUGGUACUAAAUGAAUCUUGGCAUUUGGCUUCUU